AUGUUAGAAAAGGUAAUUAGAGAAACGAAUUGUAACAAUGGAAUAGUAUUGGGAAACUCGAACAUACAUAUCUUGGCUUAUGCCGACGAUAUAGCCAUAUUAGGAGAAACUGAAGAAACGGUUAAAAAGUAUGCAGGAAAUUCAUCAUGAUGGCUAGUAAGGUUGGACUGGAGAUAAAACAGAGUACAUGAUAUUCAGUCACCAGGACAGAGAAUAUCAACAAGGUCAAUCUAUGAAUGUAGAAGAGCGUGUAUUCAAAAGAGUCACACAUUUCAAGUACUUGGGGCACUUGCUAACACAAGAUAAUGACCUGAAGAUGGAAGUCAGUGCUAGGAUACAAAAAGGCAACAAAAGUUUUUUUGGUCUUGGAAAAGUACUGAGCUCAGGAAAAUUAUCGACUAACCUGAACAUACAAAUGUACAUGACUCUGAUACGACCCAUAGUACUGUAUACCGCGGAAACAUAACCACUUAGGAAAGCAGAAGAAACCAGAAUAAAAGUAUUUGAAAGGAGAAUCCUACGGAAAAUCUAUGGCCCAUGCUUGGACACAAACAUAGGUGAAUGGCGUAAAUGUCAUAAUAAAGAACUCGAGGAGCUAUUCCAGAGACCGAACAUCGCGAACGAAAUCAAGAAAAGGAGAUUAACCUGGGCAGGACAUGCAUGGUGGAGAGUAGGAUCCACAGCCAGAACAACAAUCGAAGAGAACCCGGUUGGUAAGAGACCCCUCAAAAGACCACGCUUAUGUUGGGAAGACUGUGUAAAAAGAGACACGGAAAGCAUUGAACCAGAGAUACCAUGGAGAGUAGCAGCAGAAAAUAGGGAUAGAUGGAGAGAAAUUUGUUUGGCGGUAUGGUUUCAAUGA